AUGCGAUUAAUAACAUUUCGCAAGUUCGGUGUCUCGCUAAAGCACAAGAUUUAUCUUUAUAGCUUUUCGGAUGACUGGGUGGACUGCGCAACAAUAAUGGCCGACCUCUUUCUCUCUUUCUCUCUGCAACGUUCUCUACAUUCUUCUCAUACUCACUUUCUUAAGCCCCCAAUCUAUUUUAUAAAGCCCCGACUUCCCGAAUUUGAUAAACAAUCGCCUCACUCGUUCACUCGACGACAGUUCUUUCUUCUGAUAUUCAAUCCAAUCUUUCUUUUUAAUUUUUUUUCUUUCAUAAAAGACCCGUCUUUUUUUCUUUCUUUUUCUCUAAAACUUUUCUGUCUUUUUUGUUCUUUUCUUUCUUUCUUAAAAAUCCCAUCUUUUCGUUGUUUUUUUUCUUUUAAAAACCUUUCUUUUUCUCUAAAACUCUUCUUUCUUCCUUCCUUUCUUCCUUCCUUCCUUCCUUUCUUUCUAUUAUAUUCUCUCGGCUUUUCAGUUUCUUCAGCGAAUAUUGAAGCCCUCUUGAAAACCGUCAAAGACACCAGGUUGCUCGAGGCACAGCCGGACAAAAAGCAGAGAAGACAUCGAGAUGAUUUAUAUUCGUUCCUUGUGUUUCUCUCUCAAAUUUGGUAUCUAUCUAUCUAUCUAUCUAUCUAUCUAUCUAUCUAUCUAGCUAGCUAG